AUGAGCUCUUUUACGCUGUUCGAUGCAGUGGAGUGUUUGUUUCGAAGGAUCAGUCAAUCAAUACGCGCCAACCAGCCAGCCAGCGUUGAAUCAGCUGAUCUCGAUAAAUCACAUCUGCUGGAACUGGAAUCUCUGUUCGGUCAGGCAUUGUUGUCACGAGCAAUCGGGAUAGUAUACGGAAAGCAACCCAUCACAGCGUACUGCAAUUCAGACGGACAGUGUAGCAUCCUUGACGUACCAGGGUCGAAAUACGGCACCGUGUACAAAGUUUUCCCGGGCAUCAAUUUCUGUGCUUGCGAAUCCUUCCGAGACUGGGUGUUGAAACAAAAGCGCCAACCCACCUGCAAGCACGUGCUAGCGGCACGUUUGGCAUUAAUACUGCGACGGAUAAAGGACGAACCACUUGCCCCGAACAAUUGUCUCGGAUUGAAGCAACAAUUCGUUGCAGACUGUAUGAAAUAA